CAGGAUGGUCACCACUCCUUGAUGACUACGGAUACAAUCAAACUUUGGGAGAGUGAGGAGACAGGCUCUCAGUUUAUGAUUUUUUCCUUUUCAAAAAUAACAGAUGCUACAGACAAUUUUUCAACAGAAAGCAAGCUUGGAGAAGGGGGGUUUGGUCCUGUGUACAAGGGCAACUUACCAGAUGGGCAGGAGAUUGCAGUUAAGAGACUAGCUGCAAAUUCAGGGCAAGGGUUACUGGAGUUUAAGAAUGAAAUCCUGCUUAUUGCUAAGCUUCAGCAUAGCAAUUUAGUUGGGCUGUUAGGUUGUUGUAUCGAAGGGGAAGAAAUGCUAUUAGUUUACGAGUACAUGCCAAACAAAAGCUUGGAUUUCUUCCUAUUUGAAAAAUCAAGAAGGGCUUUGCUAGACUGGGAAAUGCGGGUGAACAUAAUUGAAGGGGUCGCACAAGGUCUUAUUUAUCUCCACAAGCAUUCUCGGCUUAGAGUUAUUCAUAGGGACCUGAAAGCAAGCAACGUUUUGUUAGACACUGAUAUGAACCCUAAGAUCUCAGACUUUGGAAUGGCAAAAAUAUUUGAUCCCAAAGGAACGCAAGCUAAUACAAAAAGAGUUGUUGGAACAUAUGGCUACAUGGCUCCUGAAUAUGCUAUGGCAGGCAUUUUCUCCGUUAAGUCUGAUGUAUUUAGCUACGGAGUCUUGCUUCUGGAGAUCAUCAGUGGUAUGAAAAAUGCAGGAUCUCAAGGACUCGGCAACUCUCUUAGCCUCCUUGGUUAUGCAUGGGAAUUGUGGAAAGAAGGCAGAUGCCAUGAGCUCAUUGAUAAAUCAUUACACGGUAGAUGUCCUGAGAAUGUGGCGCUAAGAUGCAUUCAUGUCAGUUUGCUGUGUGUUCAGGAGCAAGCUGCAGAUCGACCCUCAAUGACUGAAGUCCUUUCAAUGAUUACCAAUGAAAACGCCACCUUACCAGAUCCAAAACAACCCGGUUUCCUCUCCCUAUUGGUCUCGAGUCAAACUGAAAUCACUGAAGAAACCUGGUCCCUGAAUGGCCUUUCCAUUACCAAGCUGGAAGGCAGAUAGUAACUGUCUCAAUCCCCUGCUGUUCUUUUCUCGGUAAAUGCAUGCGUUAAAAUUGCUUGAAAUUUGCAUGGUAUUGCCCAAGUUAUAACGUGGGAACCUGAAAUUCAGCACCUCU